ACCCUACCAACCCCCCCCCCGUUCCAGCUACAUGUAUGUAUUGAAAUAUCCAGCUUGUGAUAGGCUCUCGCUGACCACCAAUUCGCUAGAUUCAAUGAGUUACAGGCGCGGCAUAGCUAUUGCAUCUUAGCCUGCAGCUCUAUCCGAUAGUGUACAGAACUCCCCUCAUGAUCGGCAUACCUUGCGCACGCCACGGCGCUGAUUCUCUUCCCAAGUCGAUUCAAUAUUAGACAACCCCACAUGGCGCAUCGGAAAAGAAAGGGAAGAGAAUAAGAAAAAGGAAACCAACGAUAUCAUAGAGCAAAUGGGAAGCUAUACCGUACUGUAUCCGAAUAUCUUGGAAACUCGACGGAUCUAUCCAGCUACUCCAGUCCGGUAGGUAGGUAGCAAUAGAUCGAAUUGAGCGCGUAGCGUCGAGACAACUUUGCCGAUUUCGAUAUUGGACAGAACCAUUUUGCCGUUGUGUCUCGUUGCUCAGCAUGCUUACCCGCUGCACGAUGAGUUGUCUAAGGAAGCACAGUCGAGACGGCUUCGUACUGAUACAUGUGACGUAGAGGGCGUGUACCGUGUGCAUGCAGUUGCGGUGUGACCUGAAACAUCGUAGCUAUCCGUCCUCUUAAUAUUAAUAAACUCUGGCCCUGUGGCUCUCUUGUAAGUCAUACCUCGUACUCUCUUUCUCCCUCCUUUCCAACUCUUCAACAAAAAAGACACCAUGUCUCAUCCGAUCCCCAAGCCUCCAGGCAUGCCCCUGCUGGGCAACGUCUUCGACAUCAACCCGGCCAACACGUGGGAGUCGCUGCGGGAGCUCUCCGAACGGUACGGCGAGAUAUUCCAGAUCCAGGUGCUCGGCAAGACCGUCGUCUUCGUGGCCGGCGCCGCGCUGGCCGAGGAACUGUGCGACGAGAAGCGGUUCCGGAAGUACGUCGGGGGCCCGAUCGUCGAGAUCCGGUACGCGGUGCACGACGCGCUGUUCACGGCCUUCGACGACGAGCCGAGCUGGGGCGUCGCGCACCGGAUCCUCGCUCCGCGGCUCCAGCCGGCCUCGCUCGAGGGCCAUUUCGUCGAGAUGCGGGACUGCGCCUCCGAGCUCGCGGCGAAGUGGAAGGGCCUAGGCGCUGAUAACAACGAGAUAACUCCUAUAAACGAAUUGAACAGGCUAAACCUCGAGGCCACGACUCUGACGAUGUUCGGCAAGAAGCUGAACUGCCUCUCCGGGCCGGAGCAUCCCAUGAUAAAGGGGAUGGAGGACUCGACGUCGGAAGCCAUGAUGCGCCCCACGCGCCCGGGCUUCAUGAACUGGCUCUUCUACGGCAACAAGUUCAAAUCGGCGACGAACACGAUGCGCGCGUACGCGCAGGAUUUAGUAGACUACCGCAAGGCGCAUCCGACGGACCGCCAGGACUUGCUAGCCGCGAUGAUGAGCGCCAAAGACCCAGAGACGGGGACCACGCUCGCGGACUCGCAAGUCAUCGACGAAAUCGUAUCGAUGCCGAUCGGGAGCAGCACGGCGCCCGCGCUGCUAGCCACGGCCAUCUACCUGCUAACCAAGAACCCAGACGCCGUCGCCAAGGCGCGCGAGGAGCUGGACGCGGUCAUCGGGCAGCAGGGCGGCGGCGGCGGCGAGUUCCGGUACGAACACCUGGCGCAGCUAAAGUACGUGGAGGGCAUCGUGCGCGAGUCGCUGCGUCUCUCGUUCGCGGCGCCGGGUUUCAACAUCGAGCCGGUGCCGAGCGAGAGCAAGGCGCCGGUGCUGCUGGGCGGCGGCAAGUACCAGGUCGCGCACAACCAGGCGAUGAUCGUCGUGCUCGCGGGCGUGAACAGGGAUCCGACGGUGUUCCAGAAGCCGCUGGCCUUCCAGCCCGAGCGCAUGAUGGGGAAGGCGUUCGACGAGCUGCCGUCCGGGGUUAAGAAGUGGUUUGGCAACGGCAAGAGGGAGUGUAUUGGCAAGCAUUGGGCUUGGCAGUGGAGCAUGACGACGCUGGCGAAGCUGAUUCACGAGUUUGAUUUUGAGAGGGUUGAUCCGGGGUAUGUGUUGGAGCAGGAUGGGUGGUUUAACUUAAGGCCGGUGGGUUUCCAGGUCAGGGUCAAGCCGCGGGUAUAGGGAAUUAAUGAUUAAUGAAGGGUUGAUGUUGUGAAUGGGGACUAAACGACAGAUACCUACUUAUGACCUAGGAUUGGAAGGACUUUACCUAUAUGGAUAGGUCUUAAAACCAUCGUUCAGAUUAAUAUGUCACUAAGGAUAUGUUGCAAUGGAAUGAAGCCUCUUUUCGUCGACGCUAUACUUACAGCCCAUUUCUUGGACCCUCGCAACCAGGCAGUAUCAGUUAGCUGUGAAACGAUGACACUGUCUCGCCUAGGUAAAGGGAUAUUCAUCGUGCCUCUAGUAACGAUAAGAUGUCGUUGAUAUAUGAAUACCUAGGUCCUAGGAGCCCAGGUUACGGGACUGAGUAGAAAAGUGAGAAUAUCAUUCUUCUAGCAUUUCAUCGUUCUACUUCAGUGUCUAUCAACUCGUCACUUACUCGCCCUGGUCCCCUCGAUAUACGCAUUCACUUAACGGCUCCCGUUACCUGCGAUUAUUGGAUCGUGUAUUCCUUGCGCCCCAGGACUUUGAAA